AUGAGCAUGAGUGUGCACAUACGCUAUCAUGCCAGCAGGAAGACCAAGAAGAAGGAAGAGGGGGCCCUUCGAUCGUCUUCCAACAUCUUUUCCAACUUUGAGCAGACCCAGAUCCAGGAGUUUAAUGAGGAGUUCACACUAAUGGAUCGGAACCAAGAUGGCUUCAUCGACAAGGAGGACCUGAAGGCCACCUACGCUUCCCUGGGCAAAAUCAACGUCAAGGACAAAGAACUGGACACUAUGCUCAAGGAGGCCUUAGGGCCCAUCAACUUCACCAUGUUCCUGAACAUGUUUGGGGAGAAGCUGAGUGGUACUGAUAUGGAGGAGAUCAUCCUAAAUGCCUUCAAGAUGCUGGACCCCGAUGGCAAGAGCGGCGUCAACAAGGACUACAUGGAGCGGCUGCUGAUGUCGCGAGCUGACGAGACGACCGCUGAGGAGGUGGACCAGACGUUCCAGUUGGCGACCAUGGAUGCCACAGGCAACCUGCACUACAAGGCCCUGAGCUACGUGACCGCCACGGGGUAAUAAUAAACAUGAACCUGAACCCACA